CUUCAUAGUCGGAUUUAGUCACGUGUUUGUCUGUUUAUACCUUUAGUAGUCAAUAGUUAGUGAUUAUAGGUUCUUUACAGGAUAAAGUGUGUGGUUUAAUCCUAAAUGAGUUAUGUAGUGUGAAUCUAGUGCACUACAGAGUGUGUAGAGAUCCUUCUUCUGGUAUGGAGUGCACUUCUACAGGUUUAGGAAGCAGGCUGUGAACUCUUUCAGGAUGUUUCUGGUGGUCGAGAUGAUCGACACUGUGCGCAUUCCUCCGUGGAACUUCAACCGGCAGCUGAACGACGCCAUCGCCGAGGAGCUCAACAAGAAACUGGCCAACAAGGUGGUCUAUAACGUUGGCUUGUGUAUCUGCCUGUAUGACAUCACUAAACUGGACGACUCCUACAUCUUCCCUGGGGACGGAGCUUCUCAUACCAAAGUGCACUUCAGGUAUGUCGUGUUCCACCCGUUUCUGGAUGAGGUUCUGGUCGGGAAGAUCAAAUACUGCAGUCAGGAAGGAGUGCAUGUCAGCCUCGGUUUCUUCGACGACAUCCUGAUCCCACCCGAGUCGUUGCAGCAGCCUGCUAAAUUCGAUGAAGCCGAGCAGGUGUGGGUGUGGGAGUACGAGACCGACGAAGGAGCUCACGACCUCUACAUGGACCAGGGCGAGGAGAUCCGCUUCCGGGUCGUGGAUGAGUUCUUCUUGGAUACGUCUCCCACGGGGCCCAGCAAAGAGCCCGAGGCGCCGGUUCAGCCCGCCGGCACGGCGACCGCCGCGGACGACGCCACGCAGAAGAAAGAGUCUCCUUACACGCUGGUGGCUUCCAUCAGCGAGCCGGGACUGGGUUUGCUGUCAUGGUGGAGCAGCUAACCGACGAUUUUUGAGACGUUUAGCAGUUACACGCCAUUUUUUUUUGGACAUCGGGAACCAGAAAAUCUGGAUUUUUCUCCGGCCCGUGUCCAUCAGUACUACGGGGUCUCUUCCUGUCCUCCUGUAGCAUCACCUCGGUUUGUAUGGACGUCUGAAAGCCGGAUCGUGUUUUGACUGACUGCUUGAAGGAACGAUCAGAAAAAGAUUAUUUAUUUUUGCUUAAAAGAAAAAAACACAUCAUCCCAGGUCCAUUAUGAUUUCUUUACUGUGCGAUUUACAAUAAAACAUACAGGUUCUUCUUCA